AUGGAGAAUUACAAUAGCAAAGACAUCGGCCGUUACCUUGAAAAGACUAUCGGGAGACGCCACAUGGACGAUGAACGCCGCGAGAUCCUCAUCGAGAACCUCAGUAUGAAGGCUAAUCACAACUUCAUGUGGCUUGUGCUAGUCGUCUGGGAUCUAGACAACUGGCCUGCGGUAGACUUUGCCACCACAGAAAAUAUUCUGAAAAGAAUCCAGAAGAUUCCAAAAGAACUGAAGGUAUUGUACGAUGAGAUCCUGGAAAGGCUUGCCGGAAAAUCCGACGACGCAAUGCGGGAAGAGAGCUAUUUCCUCCUCCAACUCAUAGCUUUCUCCAAGGAGGCUCUAUCGCUUCAGGAAGUGAUGGAAGCUGUCUCGGUCCUGAUUUACCCAGAUACAUGGAAAUCACAACUGGAGCGCUUCAAAAGCAAAAGCUUCGACUUUGCCGCAUAUAUCCGAACUUGGUCGAAAGGCCUCGUGGAGGUCCUCCGGCCCGAACCUGAUGGCACACCCGGGUCACGUACCGUGCAAUUCGCGCACGUAUCGAUCCAUCGCCUUCUGGUGUACGAGUGCGGACUCCAGCAUUUCGACCCGGCUGCUAAUGGCCCGGCUGCCAUCGAAAGGAUCUGUCAUCGUCGCAUGUUUGAGCUUUGCGCCAGAUACCUGGAGCGCGAUGACUUGGCCCGACCAGAACUGGAGCUACACCAAUACGUCCUAUCCUUUUGGAUGGAACAUUCCCGUCUGAGUGGCGAGCUUCUGGGAGCGAAGCAACUCGUCUUUCCAGAGGUUCUUGAAGAAUGCAACGCGUCCACAGAGCACAUUGUUGGAUCAUCCCGGAAAAACAUGCUCCGGCGCAUGAGACUUGGCAAAUUUCGUGCCGGUCCGUCCAUAGCCUUUGAGCAGCGGCUUGUCUGUCUGUUAGCCGCUGAAGGAUGCGAUCAGCUUCUGAUGGUGCAUCAAGGAUGUGGAACCUGUUACGGCACUGCAGCGGCCCUGGAGGAGAAGAAUGACAUGCUUGGCUGUGCAUUACUCCAGGCUGCUGAGCACAACAGGGUACAGACCGUCCAGUAUCUCGUCCGACAAUUGCAAAGCGAUGUCAACUUCAUGGGCGGCCCGACCAACACAACACCAUUGAUCCAAGCUGUUGGCUCAGGGGCGUUGAGUGCGGUUAACAAACUACUGGAUUUGGGCGCAAAAGCAGAGCAGUGUGCCGAGAGGAACUACAAGUCACCUUUGAAUCUAGCAGUCGGUCACGACAAUAAGAAACACUUCUCAGAUCCUGCAAAGGCGAUGAAAUUAGAUAUAUACUAG